AUGGCGGGGUUAAGUCAGGGAAGGUCAUAUCGUAGGCAAUUGUUUGAUGAGAUAUUUGAUUUUAGUGAAGAUGAUAGUUUGUUCACUGAAGAUGUGGAGGAAGAUGAAUCAGCUGGUGAUCAAGAUAUGAACGAAGGAGGCAUUAGAGCAGUAGCAAACACUAAUGCUAUUGAAGAAGGUCCUCUAACAGGGAUGUUAUUUCCUUGUAUCAGCACUAUGUUCAACUUCUAUAAAGAACAUGCUAGAUUGAAAGGUUUUAGUGUUUUCAAAAGAUCAGCAGUUAAUGUACGGGGUGGAUCUCGCAAAUAUCAAACAAUUAGUUGCGAUAAAGGAAGGAAAGCAAUUGGUGCGAAAUCAUCAAAAAUGAUAAAUUGUCCUGCAAAGAUUAAUGCAAUCCUAAGAGAAAAUGGAAUGUGGCAGAUUUCAAAAGUUAUUUCAAGUCACAAUCACGAAUUGGAACCUUCUAUGUCUAGAUUGAUGGUUGCUCACAGUUCAAGCGGUGGACCAGAAAAUUUAAGUCGCUUGUCAAAGGAUUGUGAAACUUCAUUGAGCGAAAGAGGAGGCUACGACUUGGUGAUGGUGAUGCUGAGGCUAUACGUAAGUUGCUUUCAAAUGUUCUAUGGGUUCAUCCUCGUAGUAGAGCCGCACGAGGAAUUCAAUGAUGUUGUUAGUUUUGACACUACUUACCUUGUUAAUCGAUACAAGUUGCCAUUUGCCACCAUUGUUGGAAUCAAUGCGAGCAUGAGGAAAGCCAUUAGGGAGGUAAUGCCUAAUACUAGACACAGAUUUUGCUUGUGGCAUAUAUUAUGCAAGGUACCUGAGAAGUUUAAGGGUGUUACUGAUUAUGAUAGUGCAUGCCUUGAGUUUAAAGCUGUAAUAUAUGAUAGCUUAACCAUCGAGAUGUUUGAGAGAAAUUGGAAUGAGUUUGUGGUGAAGCAUGGGUUGGAAAGAAAUGAAUGGCUUUCCAAACUAUAUGUUGAUAGGGAGUAUUGGGUUCCAAUUUAUCUCAAUCACACAUUUUGGGCUGGAAUGGUUUCGACUCAUAGGAGUGAGAGCAUGCAUGCCUAUUUUGAUGGGUAUGUUAACUCAAUGAGCACACUAAAGCAAUUUGUGGAGCAAGAUGAGAUUGCUAUGUGUGACAAGAAUGAAAAGGAGUUCUAUGUCGAUUUCAAAUCAAAAACACAGCUUGUAAAUUGCAUAUCUGCUUUUAAAUGGGAACAAUAUUUCAAAAGGCAUUUACUAAUUCAAUAUUCAAGCUCGCUCAAGAGGAGAUUAAACGAAUGUGGUAUUGCCAUGUCAUUCAGCCAAUCAAGAGGGAAGGCGUGA